AUGAUUUCAAAAUCAUCGUUCUUUAUUUGGAAUAAUGAAAAAUGCAGAUUAUUGUACACACUAAUAAUUUUAUGUAACAUAAUAAAAGUAUCAUCAGGAUACCUGCUAAAUGGAAAUGGAAUAAUAAGAAAUACUCAAAUAAACAUACCGAAUCUGGUUAAUCUUAGCACAUCUGGUGAUAACUUUAAAACUAACAACAGCAAAAUAAACAAAUUUAACCUAAAAGAUCAAAAUAUAGAAGAUGCUGUACCAUCCCCUGUCACUGAUGGUGACGAGAAGGGAGAAAAUGUAAACCAAUUGCAAGAUACAGGAGAAUACAGCAGCGAUGAUAUAAUUGUACUGGAGGGAUUAAAUGCGGUUCGCAAGAGACCAGGAAUGUACAUAGGAAAUACAGGAGAAAGAGGAGUACAUCAGCUCCUGUACGAAGUACUCGACAACUCAGUUGAUGAGUAUCUGGCCGGCUUUUGUAACAGGAUAACUGUAAGUCUGAUGAAGGAUGGGUCAGUAGAAGUAUCAGAUAACGGCAGAGGAAUCCCAUGCGACAUCUCCCCCAAAACAGGUAAAUCGGGUUUGGAAACUGUCUUAACAGUACUUCAUUCUGGAGGCAAAUUUCAGGACAUUUUCCCUCCAAACUCAACUUCAAUGAGUUCGGAAGAUCAAAAUGACUUAAAAUCGAGAAAAAAGGGUGAAAAAGAGCAUGAAGAAAAGAAAGUCUACGAAUAUAGUAGUGGACUACACGGUGUUGGUUUAAGUGUAGUAAAUGCACUGAGUGAGUUGUUGAUUGUAGAUGUAUAUAAGGGCCCUAAAAGUUACCAUAUAGAACUAUCAAAAGGGAACAUUGUGAAACCACUAGCUGAAUUUUCUGAACCCGAAACGACUGAAAAAUCGAAUAAUAAUUUAAAAAGAUAUGGAACAACAAUAAGGUUUCUACCCGACUACAAGAAUAUUUUUAAAACACAUCACCAACAUACUGAAACUGAAAAAGAAGAAGAUUAUGAUACCACUACCAACAAAAGUGGUUUAGACACCAAAUGCUCUGGUUGCAAGAAUGGAUUCAUAUUAGAGCUAAUUAAAACUCGUGCGAAGGAGUUGUCAUAUUUGAACCCUGGAUUAUCCAUUAAAUUAGUUGAUUACCGAAUAACUGAUGAAAAUAACGAACCAUGGGAAGAAACAUACCGUAACACUGGAGGAACAAGGUCAUUUUUGGAGGAAUUGAUUAAAGAUAAAACUCCGCUCUACAAGCCAAUAAGCUACAUCACAAUCAAAGGAGUAAUUAGCAAUAUUAACGUAGAAGUGUCAUUCUCCUGGUCACUGGAGUCGUACACAGCACUAAUAAAAGGAUAUGCAAAUAACGUUAGUACAAUAGCAGGAACACAUAUAGAUGGAUUUAAAAUUUCAAUAACCAGAUGUGUAAACGGAUUGCUGAAGAAGUAUGGUUAUUUCAAGGGCAACGUCAAACCACUAAACGGAGAAUUCAUAAGAGAAGGAAUGACUGCUGUUAUAUCCGUUAAACUUACCGGCGCUGAGUUUGACGGGCAGACUAAAACUAAACUGGGAAACGCACUGGUGAAGACAGUAACAGAAAAGAUCGUAAAUGAACAAUUUACCAACAUAUUGGAGAAUAAUAAGGAGUUGCUGCUAGCAAUACACAACAAAUCCCAAGCUGCAAAAAAAGCAUUUGAUGCAGCCAGGACAGCUAAGGAUCUAAUAAGACAAAAAUCGUCAAGCAUAGUAUCAAAUAUCUCGGGAAAAUUGACGGAAUGCAGCUCAAGCAAAGUCGAAAACAACGAAUUGUUCAUAGUCGAGGGUGAAAGCGCGGCAGGAAAUGCAAAACAGGCAAGAAACAGACAAUUUCAGGCAGUUUUGCCUCUGAAGGGGAAGAUACUUAACAUAGAAAAGAUAACAGAUAAUAGCAAAGUGUUGGAAAACCAACAGAUUCAGCUUUUAAUGAACAGUAUUGGAAUUUCAAUAAAUCCAGUAACUUGGAGACAAAAUGAUUUAACAGAGGGAACACAUAUGGCAAUGGACCGAUUUAUUGAGAUGAACAGCAGUAAGUUAACAAGAAAACAAAUCUGGUUAGACCUAAGUAAGUUGAGAUACGGGAAAAUCAUACUGUUGACUGAUGCCGACGUCGACGGCUCACACCUAAAGUCUCUUUUACUCUGUUUACUCUACAGACUCUGCCCAAGCCUAUAUUUGCACGGAAGAGUGUAUGUUGCAAGCCCUCCACUCUACAGAAUAACAAACCUGAGAAAUAAAAAGUAUAUCUAUUCCUGGUCACAAGAACACUUGCUGAAGACAAUAAAGGAACUAAAUUCUAAAUAUUCCCCUAAAGAAACAACAGAAAGGGUCAGAGAGAAAGAUAAUGCGGAUGACCUUGGAAAUGAGUAUGAGGAUGAAUUUAACGACGAUGAAGAUGACAGAGAAGGGAAUGUAGAGGAGAUCGAAUUAAAAACAGAGUUGGGCUCUAAUAUAACAAAGGACGAAAAAAGCGAUGAACUGGACUUGUAUAAUAUAAACAAAAGUUUUAGUAAAAAUAACAAGCACCUAAUCAUACAGAGAUUCAAAGGUCUAGGAGAAAUGAUGGCAAACCAGUUGUGGGAGACAACGAUGGAUCCAAAGAAGAGAAUUUUAAAGCGCAUAGUAGUCAGCCAGGAGCCUGAAAUCUCAGAAAUCAUCAGACUAUUAAUGGGUUCAGACGUUCAGUCAAGGAAGCAGUACAUAUUUAAUAAUUCAGGCGCAUUUAAUUUGGAGGAUCUAGACAUAUAA